AACUUCGCGCCAUUUACGUUGCGUCCGUCAACACAACAAAAACAACUUGAUCUCAUAUUGUUUAAUUGACAUUUAGAUAUUAUCCAAGUAUUACUUUGCGUUCUAGUGAGGCAGUGAAGUGCAAUUUUAUUCAUUUUUUUAAGAAAACCAGGAAUUACCUUUUAAAGCAAUGGCUCGAGUGUGCGUGAUCGGUGCGGGAGCCGCGGGUUUGUGUGCGGCACGCCAUCUGCUGGUGGAGCCGUGCGUGUCGCAAGUGGACGUGUUGGAGCAGGCCUCGCAACUCGGCGGUACCUGGGUUUACACAGAGACAGUGGGAUACGAUGACUUCGGUCUGCCAAUACACACCAGCAUGUACAAAAGUCUCAGAACCAACCUGCCGAAGGAGAUCAUGGGUUUUCCAGACUUCCCUGUACCGGAGAGUGAAAAGUCCUACCUUCCCGCCAAGGACAUGCUAGCCUUCCUGCAGCUCUACGCAGACAAACAUAACGUCACGCCUUAUAUUAAAUUCAAACACCACGUGCAACUGGUGAAGCCCAAAGCGGGUCCUAAUGGCGAGCUAUGGGACGUUAGCUAUAAGGACCUCAGCACUGGUGUUUCAGUGACACGCGAGUAUGACUAUGUGUUCGUGUGCAACGGACAUUAUAACACGCCCUUUAUACCUAAUAUACCAGGACUUAAGGAAUUCAAAGGUGACGUGAUGCACAGUCACGACUACCGAGUACCGGAGAUCUUCACCGGCAAGCGCGUGUUGGUUGUGGGCGCUGGUCCUAGCGGUAUGGAUAUCGCGCUGGAGGUGGCCGGAGUGGCGCAUCGGGUACUCCUCAGCCACCACCUCAGUGAGAAGCCUCGCUCCGUUUUUCCUGACAACAUGCUGCAGAAGCCAGAUGUGGUCCAACUGGACGGGAAUACUGCCAUUUUCAAAGAUGGCACAGAAGAAGAGGUGGACGUCGUAUUUCUUUGUACCGGGUAUUUAUACAACUUCCCGUUCCUGCACGAGUCGUGCGGUAUCGUGGUGGAGGAGAACUGCGUGGAGCCGUUGUACAAACACCUGGUGAAUGUACGUCACCCCUCCAUGUGUCUCGUCGGUGUUCCGUACUACGUCUGCGCAUUCUCUAUGUUUGACUUACAGGUACGGUAUUACGUGCGGUCGAUGAAUGGCAGCUUCAGUCUCCCCAGCAGUGAGGAGAUGCUGCACCACUGGGAGCAGGAGAAGCUGCAGCGCGCAGCUCGCGGGUACACGCGCAGACAAGCUCACAUGAUGGGCCCCGACCAGGACCGUUACUACUCCUCGUUAGCAUCAGAGGCGGGUACCAAGAACCUACCUCCAGUGGUGACGAAGAUCCGUGAGGAGAGCUCUGUGCGGUUCCUCCACAACUUGCAGCACUACCGCCGCGAUAUCUACCGCAUUAUUGACGACAACUCCUACGAGCUGAUCAGUGAUGGCAAGAGACAAGUUCUUUGUUGACCCCAACGAGGUAAAACAGUUUAGUGUCGGUUUCCAUUGAUGAAACACAAGUACAAAAAUUAACAUCUC